CUUCAUUCCCUCCCUUGGUCAUCUUUGGUCAUCUCUCUCUCUCUUCUCGUUUAUCUAAUCUAGGGAGUUUGAUCUAUCAUCAACAUCUCAUCAUCGUAUCAUCCCCCCCAACCCAUCAAUCUACGUGGCCACACCACACCACAACUGCAUCUCACCCCGCCCGUCCAAACCGCAACUGCGUCAUCAACAAGCAACAAGUAGCGCACGUCCGGUGUCAACACCAUGGAUUUCCACCUUGUGCCUCGGGGGGAGGAUCGUAAUUAUACGGGGUUUUUGACCAAGACGAUUGUUUAUAUUGGGGGGUUGAUGCUGUUUAUUGCUUCGUUCGGAUUGACGGUCUCUUCCAUCGCUAUUCCGAAAUGGGUGACUUAUCACAGCGACUCGAAACCAGGCUACACCUACACCUACGGCCUCCACCGGCGCUGCUCCUCGCUGACAAACACCUGCGAAUCCUUCCCCAGCAGCGAAGACUGCCACGCGGGCGACCGCUACUUCUGCUCCAUGUGGCGGUCGGUGGGGUUCCUGAUGUCGUUUGCGGUGGUGCUGGAGGGGAUGAGUCUGGUGUCCUUUUUUGUGGUGCUGUCGGGGGGGAAGAGGUUGAGGGAGAGUGGGUGGAAGGUGUUGAGUUUGCUGAUCUUGUUGAGUGCGGUGGUGCAGGUUGGGAGUGUUAGUUUGGUUGCAUAUCUCUACGACAACGAAGACAGAUUCUUUGCGGGGUGGCAGCUGGAUGAGUCGUGGGUGUAUUGCACGGUGUCCUGGGCGAUUAGUCUGUUUUGUGCAGGGGCGUUGAUCGCUGCUGGGAGGAGUUUGCCUUCUGAGGGCGGGUAUGAGUUGAUUCCUGACCAGGAGUGAUCUUAUCGACAUCUGGGGAUAUGAGAAAGGUACUGCGAAGUAUUCCAGUGGUGUUAUGUGGUGUAUAUAUGAUACGAGUAAUGGUAAUGAUUGAUGUUUUACAGCAGUAGCAGCG